ACUUUAUUCCUAUUUUCAACAGAUAUGGUAUGUUGCUUUUCUGUGCUUGUAUGGACACUAUCUUCUCUUUGAGAUGGUGCCACAAUUCUCUGUCAUUGACAUUUUGCUGAGUGUGUGGGUUUUCUCUUUCUUGGUGGAAGAAAUAGUACAAAUCAUCCAAUAUGCACCGGGCAAACGUGACACGAGUUGGUUCGUCGUAAGCUACCAAGCCUUCAGAAACUACUGGCAAAAUGACUGGAAUAAGAUGGAUGUCAUUACACAAACAGGAUUUAUAACUGGGAUGAUUCUUCGUGCAAUCCCUUGCUCAAACUGUUACGAAGCAGGGAGAUUGUUUCUCUGUGUUGUCCACCUGUUCUUCUUCUGGCGAGGGGGGCAAUCCUUUUCUGCACACAAGCAUAUGGGGCCGAUGAUAGUUAUGAUUAGGAAAAUGCUAAGUGAUCUCGUUCCAUUUCUUAUUAUCUUCUUUGUGGCUGUUGCGUCGUUUGCUGUCACCCAAGAAGCCUUGCUCUAUCCAAACUCAUUCUGGUCAGGAGAUUUCCUUUACAAAUUGCCGCAUAAGGCAUUCUGGCAAAUAUUUGGAGAGUACUUCCUGGAUGAAAUUGGAGGUGAAAAUGAAUGCUCAAAUAACGCGACAGUGAUUCGGAAUGGAGCCCAGCGUUGUCCAACCACAGCUGGGAGAUAUCUUGUGCCUGUUCUUUUGUCUGGUUACAUCCUGAUGACAAACGUUCUCCUGCUAAAUAUAAUCAUUGCUCAGUUCAGCUUCCGUUUUGGAACAAUCCAGAACAAAGCUGAUCAGGUGUGGGCUUGGCAGACCUGCUGUCUAACUUUGGAGUUUCAAAAAAUGCCAACAAUUAGCCCACCAUUGACACUGCUCUGGCGAGUGUAUUGGCUUAUGAAGAUUGGCUGCUGUUAUAUCUGCCACUGUUUCUGUAGAAAGCCUAAGUUGGCUUCGAACAUUCCCCUUCUAAUAUCAGAGAUGCCAGGACAAGGCCAAGCUGAAAGUGUUCGACCCACUGAAAGUCAGCUUGACAGCGAAGAUGACAACGGAUUGUACUCAGAAGACGAAACUGAUAUGGGAAGAAAUACAGAGACCUUCACAAUUAUGGACCUGGAUGAAUUUGAACAGAGAAUGGGUUAUGUGUAUCUUGCUGAAUUGUCAGCAAAUAGUAAAUAAACAGUGAUUAUCAUGCAAGGAAAUAUGUGAGAUAACUCCUCAUGUGGUGUGCAUUCAGCAAUUAACGCUUUGGAAGUCAAUUAACAAAGUUAAUCGCGCAUUUCCAAUACUAAAGAAUACACCAACUAUAUUCUGAAUGCUUGGUAACUAAAGUAUUAUGUAUCUUCUUUUCACAUACUAUUUUAAUCGUUAGAGGUGUUCGUACUACUACCCUAUGCUUUGUCUGUGAAACAAUUGUAAAGAUGACGGUUGCCAAUUUCAAAACUUGCCGUAAAUAACUACAAUCAACAAUGGCUGCAAUUUUCAUGGACCGAUAUUUCCAAGGGAACAAUAUUCUGUCUAGAAGGGUUCUGAUUUUCCAUCAGUGCUGUUUUAACUGAACUGGUCAUCAGUUUUGGGAUGUUUUAAUUGAACUAGAGAUCUGUUUUGUAUUUUUUUUAACUUCUAGACAUGGAGUACAGUAUACGUUUUAUCUAAUGACAGACAUUAUAUAUUUUAUACUCAUUUAUAUGUAUUAUUUUUUAAUUCAUUUAUUUUGGUAAACCGUUUUAUAAUUAUCUAACAGUAGGAUUACAGCAUGCCCAGUGUAUGUUUUGACAUCGCGUGUGUGCCUGUGGAGAGGAAGGACGAAUAGAUUGAUGGUCAUAAUGUUGAGUUUUUGUUGGUCUUAACAGCACAGUAAUUUGAACAUUUUGUAUAAUAAUGCAAUUGUUGACUUUAUAUUUACCUAAUCUGAAAUACAUAUUUUACUACUUAUUUUCAUUCAAUUCUUUUUAUCAGUGUUUUAAAAUGCACAUGUACAUAUGUAUUAUUAAAUAGAAAUAAUUUACAAAUAAAACCUUUUUAUAAUAAA